AUGAUUAGUGCAGUUAUGGAUGGAGCGGUCUUAAGUAUUCCGCAGCAAUCUUUACGCUCACCGUAUCAGUCGCAGGCCCCUAAUCUACGGCUGACAAUUGAAGCAAUCAACGAACACGCUGGACUCGGCACUGAAGUCUACAUGACUCCUCAACCGAACUCAGCCAAAACCGGUGGUCAGCAACUCGAUGAAAUGUAUAACAAUCUAAGAAACUCGAACAUUAAUGUCCAAUCUAUAUGGAUCCAGGUAACGUCCCCCGUUAACUGGUACGUGACCAGCACACUCAACAUCAACUUCAUCAACAGCAUUCUCACCCGAGCAAAUGUACUGGAGCACAUACGGCAGUGGAGUAUCGCAAACGAGACUCCUGCCAACUUCAGUGACUUCCUCUCAUUUGCAGGAUGGACUUCUCCCUCAGUGAAACAAUUCGCUCAGGUCGAAAGCGUCUGCGGAAUAACUGUGAAUAGAGACAUCUACAGCACAUCGUCGGCCGCCGUCGCAGGAAUGGCUAGGCGUGAAAAGGGAGAUCAACAAAUCAUCGCCUCCACCGCUUACGCCGUCGACUUGUUAAUUCCGAUCUCACUGGCGGGAUUCCAGUGCAUUCGUAGCAAUCAGUACAGUACUGCUUUCAUCAGGGCUUACACUCAUGUUGGUCAAGGACAAAUCGAUGAGUACGCCGUUAGCAACAUUCAGUUGGCUAUUGCUGCUGGACUUGGCGCUGAAGCCUACAUGUCCCCUCAGCCUCAAUCAUCCAAAACCGGCGCUCAGCAAUUCGAUGAGAUGUACCUCAAUCUGAUAAACUCCAACAUUGACGUUCAAUCCGUGUGGAUUCAGCACUAUGGCCUAUCUGUUGGUAUCUACACAAACAUCGAUGAAUGGAGCGAAAUCACAGGCUCGGCCAAAAUCAACAACGCCAUGCUUCGAGGAGCUGAGGUUACGGAAAUCUACUAG